CGAAAAAAGUUCCACAGCAAUUCGACGUCGUCAACCAUUGAGUGGUAUCGCCACAGCGAAGCAAAGGGAUCGUUACAAACAAAACAAUACACCAUCUUGACUUAGGACUUCGAUGUAGUCCUGCCCAAACCGCCAAGAUGUUGUACGAAAUGAUAGCAAUUAUCCGCCCGGGGAAAAUCCACGAGGUGAAGGAAAUCAUGCAAACAGCCGGCUCGACGAUCCUCCGCAGCGGCGGAGUGAUCCGCGACAUAGCCAACUGGGGCGUCUUCAUGCUCCCGCGGGCGACGACGUACGCGCAGGCGCGCUACAAGAAGGGCCACUACGUGGUGAUGCGGUACGACGCGGGCGUCAAGGCGCAGGAGACGGUCAGCAUGGCGCUCCGGCUCGAGCCCAGGGUCAUCCGCGCCACUUCGGUCAAGCUCGGAGCCGGCAAGCUCGAGAGGAUGGCCAAGCUGAGCAAGGUGCCGUGGAACACGCAGGUUUCGAUGCAGAUGGAAAAGGGGCUCUCCGAUAAGCAGUGAAUGAGAAGGGGAGAUUGGGGCGGGGAGUGUGUGAUAUAGAAAGUGUUGGUUGGGGAGGAAGGGAAUAAAACUUGGAUGUACGAUACGGAUGUCUGUAUCAACAAUGAUAA